UUCUACACCUCAUAGACUUUACCUUUCUCUUUGGUUUCUUUCGUCUAAGCGGUUAACAUGGGAACGACUUUCAAUGUGGCUGUGCAAUCGUUGUUUAUCUCUUCCCUUUUAAUUUCCGUCGUAACUGCAUCUAGUGAUGGAUUGGUUAGAAUUGGGCUGAAAAAGCUGAAAUUCGAUCCGAACAACCGGCUUGCUUCCCAGCUCGAAUCCAAGGAUCGAGAGGCUCUCAUAGCAUCUAUGAAAAUGCAUCACUUCCGUAACAAUCUUGGAGACUCUGAAGAUGUAGAUGUUGCCUUGAAAAACUACAUGGAUGCUCAGUACUACGGUGAGAUUGGUGUAGGAACUCCACCGCAAAAAUUCACUGUUAUAUUUGAUACUGGCAGUUCAAAUUUGUGGGUACCAUCAUCUAAGUGCUAUUUCUCGAUUUCAUGUUAUCUCCAUUCCAAGUACAAGGCAAGUGAGUCGAAAACAUAUAAGAAGAAUGGUAAAUCUGCUGCUAUUCACUAUGGCACUGGUGCUAUUUCUGGUUUCUUUAGUUAUGACAAUGUUCAAGUUGGUGACUUGGUUGUGAAAGAUCAGGAAUUUAUUGAGGCUACUAAGGAGCCAGGUCUUACAUUUUUGGUGGCCAAAUUUGACGGGAUAUUAGGACUUGGGUUUAAGGAGAUUUCAGUUGGGAAAGCUGUACCAGUGUGGUACAACAUGAUCAAGCAAGGUCUUAUCAAGGACCCUGUAUUUUCAUUUUGGCUUAACCGCAAUGUUGGGGAAGAAAUGGGCGGUGAAAUUGUUUUCGGUGGGGUUGAUCCAAACCAUUACAGGGGCAAACACACAUAUGUCCCUGUAACAAAAAGAGGCUACUGGCAGUUUGACAUGGGUGAUGUUCUUAUUGGUGACGAACCGACUGGAUAUUGUGCUGGAGGCUGUGCGGCAAUUGCAGAUUCUGGAACUUCUUUGCUUGCAGGUCCAACGACUGUAAUAGCCAUGAUAAACCAUGAAAUUGGUGCCACUGGAGUGGUUAGUCAGCAGUGCAAGGCCGUGGUUCAACAAUAUGGGCAAGCCAUUGUUGAUUUACUUUUAGCUGAGGCACAACCAAAGAAAAUCUGCUCACAAAUUGGAUUGUGCACUUUUGAUGGUGCUCGUGGUGUAAGCAUGGGCAUUGAGAGUGUGCUGCAAGAGAGCAACAGCAAAUCAUCUGGAGUUCAAGACAGUGCUAUGUGCCCUGCUUGUGAGAUGACAGUUGUUUGGAUGCAGAACCAAUUAAGGCAUAAUCAGACUCAAGACACCAUACUAAACUACGUCAAUCAGCUAUGUGACCAGAUGCCAAGUCCAUUGGGAGAAUCUGCCGUCGACUGCGAGAGUCUUUCGUCCAUGCCCAAAGUUUCCUUCACUAUUGGUGACAAAGUUUUCGACCUUGCCCCGGAAGAGUAUAUUCUCAAGGUGGGUGAAGGUCCCCAAGCUCAGUGCAUCAGUGGCUUUACUGCUUUGGACGUUCCUCCUCCUCGUGGGCCUCUCUGGAUUUUGGGAGAUGUUUUCAUGGGCCGCUACCACACCGUCUUCGAUUUUGGUAAACUGAGAGUCGGCUUCGCGGAGGCGGCGUAAAAAUAUCUAUGACCAUGGAUAGGGGACCCUAGAUUUUAAUCUCCAUCCAUGUCUCUGUUAUAUUUAUCUUUAUAAAGAUGUUUGGAAAUAUUAUGCAUUUGUCUCGGCCUAAAUUACGUAGAAUGGUGCUUGUGUUGCUUGUAAA